UGUAGAAUUCAUGGAGAUCGUUCGUUCCAUUGUGAUGUCUGUGGUGUUUGUUUGGAUGUUCAACUUCGUGGAAAUCACAAAUGUCGUGAAGGCUCUGCCCAUGAUGAAUGUUGCAUUUGUUUGGAGGUACUGUAUCAAUUCGAGCUCUUCUCUUAAAUUUCUGUACAACUAAGUUGAUGUCAUUCUGCUAAUUGGCGUGAAAUGGCAAAAAGGCUGUUCUCCACUUAAUCAUCACAUAGGCCUAGUGUUUGUUGUGCCAAUGGCAUUAGUUGCAUUGGUGCUUACAAAACAAUGGCAUACGCUACGAAUCGCUACAAUAGGGUUUACGUGGAAACAGAAUUUAAUAUGCUCUCAGCAUUAACCCGGGUCAUAAACAGAUCUUAAUUUCUUUUUCGUGCAGGAUGCUUUCACUGGAUGUCAAAUCCUUCCCUGUUCCCACAAAGUCCACAAAGAAUGUGCAACUCAAAUGAUACGGAGCGGAAU